CACUGAAGGAGAUUAGAAACAACAAGGAACCAUGGCAGAGUCUUGUUAUGGCAACAUAAUGAAUGUUGAAACUACUGGGGCUUCUCUUGGAACUGCGAGAGCUGAAAGCCUGAAUUAUGGUGGAGCCCAAGCUUCAGAAACUAUUGCAGCCAGAGACCUAAAAAAUAUGGAGAAGUAUAAAGGAACAAUUCAGAGUGUCAGUGAAAGCACAGGCAUUGAUGGAGCUGUGAUUGCUGGUAUAAUGUCUCGAGAAUCUCAUGCUGGAACCAUCCUGGACAAUGGCUGGGGGGACCACGGAAAUGGAUUUGGCUUGAUGCAGGUUGAUAAAAGAUACCAUAAAAUAGAUGGUGCAUGGGAUAGUAAGGCACAUAUUACUCAGGGUGCCAACAUUCUGUGCGGCAUGAUAGAUGGUGUUGCAAAGAAGUUUCCACAAUGGACCAAGGAACAACAGCUCAAAGGCGGAAUUUCAGCCUACAAUGCAGGACUUCGCAAUGUUCAAACCUAUGACGGAAUGGAUAUCGGCACAACAGGGAAUGAUUAUGCCAAUGAUGUAGCUGCAAGAGCCCAGUUUUACAAGAAACAUGGAUACUAAUAAUGGUUUUAAUCUCCUGUUUGACCACUUUUAAGAAGUAAUUUACAAUAAACACCUUUAGUAAAAU